CGCGCGCCCAUCCUCGAUCCUUGCUCCUCCCCACCAUACCUAGUCGCGCGCGAUGGUCCAAAGCUACCUUCGCCACGGCCCUACAGAGGCGUUCGGAGUCGUAUGCAGCGCUUCGUCCAAUUCGCACUACGACGGCAAAUUGGCCUAUGUGCCUGCACUCGAAGAUGUGCUAGUGUGGGACGUCAAAAGGGGCCAAAUGCUUUCAAUGUGGCAUGAGACCGGACAUCGAGCGGAGGUCACUUGUAUCCUUCGCUCCCCUCAGAAGGAUGUCUUCGCCGUCGGUUACGCGGACGGCUCUGUACGCCUAUGGAGCGCUUCGUCCACCUCUGUCAUUGCGACCUUCAACGGGCACAAGAAAGCCGUCACUGCGCUCGCUUUCGACGGGUCCGGCACCCGGCUAGCUUCUGGCUCGCAAGACACCGAUCUCAUCUUGUGGGAUGUAGUUGGCGAAGCAGGGCUCUACCGUCUGCGAGGCCACCGUGACCAAAUUACCGCCAUCCGUUUCGUCCGCCCUGCCGCAGAGUCCGCGCCUUCUACUUCUACCGGCAUCGCACCCGGGUACCUCUUGACUGCGUCUAAGGACACCUUCCUCAAGCUCUGGGAUCUACAAACACAGCACUGCACACAAACGGUCGUUGCUCACCGGUCGGAAGUAUGGACCAUGGACCUUAACCCCGAGCAAGACCUGGUCUUUACUGGCAGUGGUGAGGGCGAGCUGAAGGCAUGGAAAAUCGACCAUGAGGCGCUGGCUCAAGGUCUUCGGGAGACAGACACCGGCGAGGUCUCAAAAUUCCUCCACCCUGUCACGACACUCCCUCUGGCCUCUUCCCACCGCGUCUCGCAAAUAACCUUCCACCCACAUCAACCGUACCUUGCCGUUCAGUCCCAUGACAAGUCCGUAGAAAUCUUCAGGAUACGGACGGAAGAUGAGAUCAAGAAAAAGCAGGCUCGCCGGCGGAGACGCGUCAAGGAGAAGGAGCUUGAGAAGAAGGGCAAGAAAAAGGGCGAGGCGGCUGACGCAGACGUCCACGCAGAUGCCGAACACAGCGAGGAGAUUGAGCUCGCGGACCGCUUCACCCCAUAUCUCAUCGUGCGCGCGAGCGGCAAAGUCAGGUCAUUCGGCUUCGGAGACGAGGAGGUCGCGGUCAAGGGCAACACCCAGCUGUUUGUCGCGUUGGCAAGCAACGCAUUGGAGGUAUAUAGCAUACCGCCUCCCGGGAAAUCGAAGGACGCACCCCCGGAAGCAGGCCGUGUUUUCUCUGUCGACCUGCCUGGGCAUAGAACAGAUGUCCGCACUCUGUGCCUUAGCUCCGACGACGCUCUCCUGGCUUCUGCAUCCAAUGGAUCGCUGAAAAUCUGGAACAUGAAGACUACUGCGUGCAUUCGCACGAUGGACUGCGGGUACGCAAUCUGCAGUACAUUCCUGCCUGGUGACCGCCAAAUCGCCAUCGGAACCAAGUCCGGCGAGAUCCUCAUAUAUGACAUCGCUUCGUCUUCCCUCGUGGACACCAUCCAAGCGCACUCUGCGACUGUGUGGUCCAUCCACAUCCGCCCUGACGAGCAAGGGCUUGUCAGCGGCAGCGCUGACAAGGACGUCAAGUUUUGGGAGUUCGAGCGGAAGCCUGCAAACAGUGAUAACCCUCGGAGCGCAAGUUUGCUCACACUGGUCCACAUACGGACGUUGAAGAUGACAGACGACGUGUUGUCCGUACGAUACAGCCCGAACGGCAAGCUCCUCGCAGUCGCGCUGCUCGACUCGACAGUAAAGGUCUUCUACCAAGACACGCUCAAGUUCUUCCUCUCCCUCUACGGGCACAAGCUCCCCGUGCUCUCUAUGGACAUCUCGGCCGACUCGAAGCUCAUUGUGACGUGCUCUGCGGACAAGAACGUGAAGAUCUGGGGGCUCGACUUCGGCGACUGCCACAAGUCGAUCUUCGCGCACGACGAGAGCGUGAUGCAGGUCGCGUUCGAGGGCACGGACGCGCGCGACGGCGACGCGAAGGCGUCGCACAACUUCUGGACUGUCGGCAAGGACAAGAUGGUCAAGUACUGGGACGGCGACAAGUUUGAGAACAUCCAGAAGCUCGAAGGCCACCACGGCGAGGUGUGGGCGCUCGCCGUCAGCCGCCAUGGCAAGUUCGUGGUGACCGGCUCGCACGACAAGUCCAUCCGUGUCUGGGAAAAGCUCGAUGAACCUCUCUUCCUCGAAGAAGAACGCGAGCGCGAGCUCGAGGCGCUCUACGACUCCGGCAUCGCCGACACGCUCAACCGUGCCGACGCCACCAUCGGCAGCGGCGCGCCCGACGCAGACCCCUCCGCCGCCACCUCCGGCGCUGCCGAGACCGGCGCGGUCACGAAGCAGACGACCGAGACGCUCAUGGCGGGCGAGCGCAUCAUGGAGGCGCUCGAGCUCGCGGACGCGGAGCUGGAGGCGCUGCGCGAGUACGAGGACGCACGGGCCCGUGGGGGGCUCGCGGAGAGCGUCGCGCCGCCGCCGCGGCACCCGGUGCUCGCGGCGUAUGAUGUUGCGCCCGAGGCGUAUGUGCUGCAGGUCGUCGAGCGCGUGCCGGCGACGGCGCUGUAUGAUGCGCUGCUCGUGCUUCCGUUCGGGAAGGUCGUGAGCCUGAUGCGGUUCCUCAACGUCUGGGCCCAGAAGGAGUGGAACAUCGUGCUCACGUCGCGCAUCAUCUUCUUCCUGCUCAAGACGCACCACCACCAGAUCGUCGCGAACCGCGUGAUGCGCACCGCGCUCGUCCCGCUCCGGCGGCACCUGCGCGAGGGCCUGCGCAAGCAGAAGGACGCGCUGGGGUACAACCUCGCCGCGCUGCGCUUCCUGCAGCGGCAGACGGACGCGAAGCGCACGGCGGAGUUCUACGAGGCGGAGGCGGACCUGUCCGAGGAGAAGGUCCGGGAGCGCAUUGCGGAGGGCAAGAAGCGGAAGCGCGUGAGCAUCAAGGCGUGAGGCGUCCGCGGCCUGAGGGCGAGACGAAAAGUAGUGUAUUCUACAAUACAUAGUGUGUUUGUGUAGAUGGUUCAUCAUCGCUAACGAUACAAUGCCAUGCUACGGGGGUAUACGCGUCUGUGCUAGCAGACGGCCCGGCCAG